AUUUCGACCCUUCCUAGAGAGAGAAAGAGAAAGAGAGAGAGAGGUAGAGAGAGAACAAAAUAUCCCCGACCUCGCUCUAGCGAAGAAGAGGACGAAGAAGAAGGGUGGACGAAGACAUGGUCGAGACGCGGCGGAGCUCGGCGGCGGCGGCAGCGGCGGCUGCGGCCACCUCGUCCUCCUCGAAGCGCCCCCUCUCCCCCUCCUCUUCCUCCCCUUCGCGCUCCUCCCCCUCCUCCUCGUCCCCCACGUUGAAGCGCCACAAGGCCGAGCUGCCGAGCUCGUCGUCUCCGCCGCCGAAGGCCGAAACGGAAGAGGACCGUCGUAAGGGCUCCCCCGAUCCGGAUGGGAAGGGCGGCGACGAUGCGGAUGGAGCGGCGGGGAAGAUCUCGGUGUCGGGAUUCGCGAACAAAGAUCAAGCGGCUGUGGGAUCAGCACACGAGGUACGACCGUUGGAGUUUGUGAGGAAGCGGGUUGAGAAGGAUUCGGAAAAGGCUCCGUGGGCGAAGCUUCUCUCUCAGUGCUCGGAGAACCCUCAUCUUUUCGUCACUGGCCCUCAAUUCACUGUUGGCCAAAACAGAAAUUCCAAUUUAUGCUUGAAGGAUCAAGGUGUUAGCAAAACUCUUUGUAAACUGAGGCACGUUGAGCGUGGAGGUGUUUCAGUUGCCUUGCUUGAGAUUGUAGGUAAAAACGGCAUUGUGCGCGUCAAUAGUAAACCCAUCGACAGAAGCUCGAGCAUUAUCCUCACAGGAGGGGAUGAAGUUGUUUUCAGUUCAACAGGGAGGCAUGCUUAUAUUUUUCAGCAACUUUCUAACGAGAAAGUAACCAAAAUGGCAUCACCCUCUUCCCUCGGCAUUUUGGAAUCACCAGUUCCCAAUUUAAAAGGGAUUCAUGUAGAACCUAGAUCAGGCGACCCGUCGGAUGUUGAUGGAGCAUCGAUAUUGCAUUCUAUGUCUAAUCCUCUCAAGGACACAAGUGGAGAGGAUAAAUUAGAAGAUCUGAAUUCAGACCAUGAUAAGAAUUUAGCAAGCAGGAAGGAUAUUAGUGAGCCAAAUGGCAAUUCUGUUCUUCCUCCUGAUAUGGAUUCUACUAUUUCAUCAGCUGAAAUUGGUGGCGAUGAUACCACAAAACACAAUCUUGAUGGAGGAAUUGGAAAGAUUCGUGGCACAAAUUAUGAGAUAAGGCCAAUUCUUAGUGUUAUUGGUGGAGGAUCGUCUGCUCGUGAGUUUGAUUUGAGUGGUAGUAUAUUAAAAGUGUUUGGGGAUCAUAGGGAUAUUCUUAGUUAUCUUGAUUCUCCGCAAGCUUUGCCUACAACACGAUGCCAAGUCUUUAAGGAUGGAUUGAAGCAAGGGAUUCUUAGUGCAAGUGACAUACAUGUUUCCUUUGAAAAUUUCCCUUACUAUUUAAGUGAAAGUACAAAAAACAUACUUUUAUCAUGUGCAUAUAUUCAGUUGAAAUGCAAGGAACUCAUAAAACUCACAACCGACAUUUCGUCCCUAAAUCAGCGAAUCUUGUUAUCUGGUCCCUCAGGUUCUGAAAUAUAUCAGGAGACUUUGGUAAAGGCCCUUGCCAAACAUUUUGGUUCUAAACUACUUAUAGUAGAUUCUCUUCAGCUACCUACCACAUUUUCUCCGAAAGAACCAGAAACCCAAAAGGAUGGUGGGAGGACUGAUAGGCCAGCCGCCAUUCCUAAGCAUCGUUCUAUAUUGGCCGAUACAGUUCAUUUUAGGAGACCGGCUUCUAGUGUGGAAGCUGAUAUAGUAGGGGCUUCUACGUCAAAUUCCCAAUCUUUACCUAAGCAGGAGUCCUCAACGGCAUCUUCAAAGAACUAUACAUUCAAAGAAGGUGAUAGGGUGAAAUAUGUUGGUUCUAUUCCUCCAUCAGGAUUUCCUCUCCAGCCACCCCAGAGGGGCCCUAGUUACGGUUAUCGAGGCAAAGUAGUACUUGCUUUCGAGGAAAAUGGUUCCUCCAAAGUUGGAGUGAGAUUUGAUAAGCAAAUACCUGAUGGUAAUGAUCUUGGGGGUCUGUGUGAGGAAGAUCACGGUUUCUUUUGCACUGCUGACCUGCUUCGGCCAGAUUCCUCUGUUGGUGAAGAAUUUGAAAGACUAGCUGUCAGUGAACUACUAGAGGUAGUUUUGGAAGAAAGUAAAAAUGGUCCUUUAAUCAUAUUACUUAAGGAUAUAGAGAAAUCUAUGACUGGAAGUUCAGAUUCGUAUGUAACAUUGAAGAGUAAACUCGAAUUGCUACCACCAGGUGUUCUCAUAGUAGGUUCCCACACCCAGAUGGACAGCCGCAAAGAGAAGUCACAUCCUGGAGGCCUUCUUUUUACGAAAUUCACAAGUAGCCAGGCAUUGCUUGACUUUGCUUUCCCAGAUAACUUUGGGAGGCUGCAUGAGAGAAGCAAAGAAAUGCCUAAGGCAAUGAAGCAGCUCACUAAACUUUUUCCUAAUAAAAUUUCUAUUCAACUUCCACAGGAUGAAGUUCAACUUUUGGAUUGGAAACAACAAUUGGAUCGGGAUGUUGAAACCCUUAAAGCCAAGUCUAAUAUUUGUAACAUUCGCUCUUUCCUAAAUCGUAUCGGAAUGGAUUGUAAUGAUCUUGAAGACAUAGCUGUCAAGGACCAAAUACUAACUAAUGAGAAUGUGGACAAAAUUGUUGGUUUUGCUGUUAGUCAUCACGUUAAGCAUAAUAAAAUUGAUGCACCUGCCAAGAAUGCUAAACUCGUACUGUCCAGUGAAAGCCUCAAGCAUGGCCUCACUAUGCUGCAAAGCAUGCAGAGCGAUACGAAGAGUUCAAAAAAGUCACUCAAGGAUGUGGUUACGGAGAAUGAAUUCGAAAAAAGGCUUUUGGCUGAUGUCAUUCCACCUAGUGAUAUUGGGGUUACUUUUGAUGAUAUUGGAGCACUAGAGAAUGUAAAGGACACAUUGAAGGAAUUGGUGAUGCUUCCUCUACAAAGGCCAGAAUUGUUCUGCAAAGGACAGUUGACGAAGCCUUGCAAGGGGAUACUUCUCUUUGGUCCUCCUGGUACAGGGAAGACCAUGCUUGCUAAAGCUGUGGCAACAGAAGCAGGUGCAAACUUUAUCAACAUUUCAAUGUCGAGCAUCUCUUCAAAGUGGUUCGGGGAAGGGGAGAAAUAUGUGAAAGCAGUUUUCUCAUUGGCAAGUAAAAUUGCUCCGAGCGUCAUUUUUGUUGAUGAGGUUGACAGUAUGUUAGGGAGGAGGGAAAAUCCAGGAGAGCAUGAGGCGAUGCGCAAGAUGAAAAAUGAGUUUAUGGUGAACUGGGACGGUCUGCGUACCAAGGACAAAGAACGUGUGUUGGUUCUUGCUGCCACAAACAGACCUUUUGACCUCGAUGAGGCCGUCAUAAGAAGGCUUCCUCGGAGAUUAAUGGUGAACUUACCGGAUGCAUCGAAUAGAGAAAAGAUUAUGAGAGUGAUAUUGGCCAAGGAAGACUUGGCGUCAGAUGUCGAUCUGGAAGCUGUUGCAAAUAUAACUGAUGGGUAUUCAGGAAGUGAUUUGAAGAAUCUCUGUGUAACUGCUGCUCAUCGACCCAUUAGAGAAAUUUUGGAAAAGGAAAAAAAGGAGAGAAGUUUGGCACUAGCAGAAGGUAGCCCUUUACCUGGGUUGCAUGGAACUGAAGACAUUCGUCCUUUAAACAUGGAAGAUCUGAAAUACGCACAGGAGCAGGUAUGUGCAAGUGUGUCAUCGGACUCUGCGAACAUGAAUGAGCUUCUCCAAUGGAACGAUCUAUAUGGCGAAGGCGGAUCGAGGAAGAAGAAAGCGCUCAGCUAUUUUAUGUAGAGUUUGAGAGCAAUCCAUCCAUCAAUCUAUCUGUCUGUUGUACAGUCUUGAGACAUGAGCAGAGAGAGAGCGAAUGCUUGGUUUCUUUUUCAGGCUCCAAAUGUAAUUAAUUUUGGAUAGCAAGUUUAUUUAUAAUUUGUUAGUAAUUUAUAUCAAUGUUAAGUUAUGUUUGAUCAAUCUUAAUCUCACCUAAAGGUAUAGUAUAACCUUUGGUUUCUUUUU